AUGCUUAUAUCCGGCGCCGACGAUUUUGCUGUUAUUGUGUGGAACAUCAGUACUGCUGAACGGCUCCAUCGUUUUAGCGUUCACGGAGGCCCCAUUCUCCGUUUCCUCGUUCCUCCAGCGAAUUCGAGCAAGGAAGUUAGCAAGUGUAUAUGUGCGGUUGCCGCGGAUAAUAGUGUGAGCCUGCUGAAUAUCUGUGACAUGAAGUGUCUUUUGUUCGCCUCACGACAUUCCUAUCCAGUCAGUUUUGUAAAAUGGCGACCACUUGACGAUUACAUGUUGGUGCGGCUCGAAGAUGGAAGCGUUUUCGUGUGGCUGAUGGAGGCAGGUGUGUGCUGA